AAGGGGUUUCUGGAGUCAGUUGACAUCGUCGACUUUAGUGAGGCGCGCCGGAGGCGACACGCAGACGUAAUUACUUUGUGUUUUCACCACUUUCGUCGAAAAAGGAUAACAACGCCAACAUAGAGUCUACAUUACCAUCAUUCGCUGCAAAAUCAUGUUGGAUCCCUGGUUUUAUCGUUGGUUCUUUUUUGCUUGGUGGUCCGUUAGGGACUCGAGAUCCAGCGAUAUUCCAUCGGAUCUCUUUGUAAAAUCGUCGUUUAAGUGACUCCGAUGCCCAGCUAACUAGACUGUAGCUGGACAGCCGGGGCUUGCUGCGCCCAAGCCGGGCGAAGAGAUUGACGCUGCUCGGUGUCAUCCAACUGAAGAGGAUCGAGUUUAAGGCGACAAUGCUUGAAAUAAUGUCCGAGCACCAAGAUUCAUUACUGAAGUGCAAAGCAGAGACUCUGCCAUCAGAGAGAAGAAAGAGGACAGUGGAGGACUUCAACAAGUUUUGCAGUUUUGUUCUUGCCUAUGCCAAUUACAUCCCAUCUCAAAAGGAGGAAGGGCCAUGGUCUCCAGCAUCCUCCAGUUCUCCGAAUGGCUCUGGUGCUUCAGGUGAAGGCAGUGUUUUAGGUGGAGCAAGUUCAAACAUGUCUCCCAGCUGGAAUCACGGCACGUCGGACCUGCACACCAUCCACACCUUCGUCCACAAGGCCCGCGCCAAUAAGAGCAGCAAGAGCAUGAGGCGACUGUCACCUGAUGGCGCUUUAGAAGACAAUAUGUGCUUGAAAGACUCUUUUUACGAGAGCCAGGCAGCCAGCAAAGCCGAGCGCAAAAAGGACAAGAAGCUGAAGCGCCUUUCUCUGGGUUCGGGUGCAGGUGACAGCAGUAGCAGCGGCGGCGAGAAGCGUGCCAGAAUCAAGCACAGUAAAAACUCCAAACAGUCCAAAGCCUAUAAGAAGCUUAAGAGCUCGGCCCACAGCGAGUCAGACUCUGAGAACGGUUUGGGUCACAGAGAGGAGCGUUCCGAGCACAGACUACAGGUGCAGGUGAAGGAGGAGAAGAAUGAGGAGGAUGAGGAAGAGGCCAUCAGAGAGGCAGACAUGAGCUCCAGUGAAGGAGAGACCUGGAUAGCGGAUGAAGAUAUCAUGGUAGAGUCAGGGGACGAUUCGUGGGACUUGAUCACCUGUUAUUGCGGUAAACCUUUUGCAGGACGGCCCAUGAUUGAAUGUAGUCAGUGCAACGUUUGGGUGCACCUCUCUUGCGCCAAAAUCAAAAAGUCGAAUGUGCCCGACAUAUUUAAUUGCCACAAAUGCAGAGACUCACGACGCUCAAGUCAUAAAAAAGACUCUUAGGCGAGGGUCUUCAAUCCCUCAAAGAUCUGAAUGUUCCCAGUUCUCCAGUUUUCCCAUCGGACACUUUUUUUUUUCCUUUUUAAACAACAAUCCUUUAUUUUUAUUUUUUUGUCCUUUUCUGUUUUAGUUUUGCAGACUAGUCGACCCCUAGUCAAAGCUCUCCAUUUAUAGAUAGAAUUCACUGAGAAAUAACAUGUAAAGUGAUUCUCUUAUACCUUUAUUUUGGUAAUUGACAAGGAGCAGGGCGAAUGCAGUUUGGCUCAAAUUUGUUUUAAAUAUUUAGCUUGCAUAUUUGUGGCGCUAUUUUCCUUUAAUAAAGGUUAAUGAGGGCAAAGAUGAAUGCUAUAUCGGUUAUGUUGGUUAUUCAAAAGAGAAAAGGAAAUAUCUGUUUAUUAGAAAGUACACACAAUGUCCUGAUUUCGCCAAAGAGCUGCUAUGAGAGAUUGUGUUAUUGGAAAUGCAUCUUAGCAAACUGUCUAGAUGAUCGUUUUUUUUCAUUGAGAUAAAUGCAAUAUUUUAUAGACUAAUAGAGGUUGUGUGUUAAUCUAAAUGCCAUUUCCUCUUAUAUCAAAUUUGUCAAUCGCCCCCAGGGCUGGAGGAGUCAGUUAACGUAUAUUAGAUGAUCAAAUAUAAAGAGUGACCUAAGCAGGGAAUCGUUUCUGUUGCAAUCAUUAGCAAACAUUAAUUUCUUCUAAUUCUACUGGUGAUGUACAGUAUGUUAACCCAUGUACUUUGUCGAAAAAGCUAUCAAAACUGUUAAUUACUUGCACAACAUAGCGUUUUAUUUAAAUUUGUUUAGCUAUAACUGUUUAUUUGGAAGAUUUCAAUUGAAUAAGCGAAGGUUAAACUCCUGGAAUGGAAUGGUGGUGAUUAUUGCUUUUCAAGACGUGUUUGAAGCUCUGAGAACUGGUGAUUUAUUCAUUUACGCUACAAGCUCUUUCGUUUGAAUUAGUUUGGAGACUAUUGUUUUGGAUUUUUCUUUAUCUUUGUGGUUUAUUUGUGAAGCAAGGGGGAACGGAAAUCCCCUGAUCUCUCUUGUUUCGUGUUUCACUCUGUAAAUAUCACAGAUUUUGAGAAGUGUACAUAUGUGAAAGUAAAGAGAAGAGCAAAGCAAAUGGUAUAUUUUUUUGCAUCUGAUAUUGUUUUCUUGAACUACCUGGAGAAAUAAAUCUUUUCUUUAUUGGG